ACAGCAGCAGCAGACGCGGACGCUACCGCUGCCGGGCCAAGCGAUGUCCUCACCCUGACAAAGGACACUUUUAAGGCCAGCGUAGACCCAGAGUCUCUUAUGCUCGUUGAGUUCUUUGCGCCUUGGUGCGGUCACUGUCAGGCUCUUGCUCCUCAGGUGAUUGCUGCGCUGUGUAGAAUGAAAGGGUGGAUGCGCUAACAAAACACUUCAUAUGCGUAUGCUGACCCAAAUGUGCUUUCCCCUCUCCUUACAGUACGAGGUGGCAGCCACAGAGCUCAAGAAUGAGAGCAUCAAGCUGGCCAAGGUCGACUGCACAGAAGAGCAGGACAUCUGCAGCGAGCAUGGCGUUGAGGGGUACCCGACCCUCAAGGUCUUCCGGAAAGGCACCCCGACCGAAUACACCGGUCCGCGCAAGAGCGAUGGCAUCAUCAACUACAUGCGCAAGCAGGCCCUUCCCGCCGUCUCUAUCGUCACCGCAGAGAAUGUGACCGAGUUCAGCAAAAAAGACAAGAUCGUUGCCAUCGCCUACGUUACCUCUCCUAGUGAAGCCGAGACGUUCCACAAGUUGGCAGACGAGCACCGUGACUCGUUCCUCUUUGGUCUCAGCACCGACUCUGGGGCGGCCGCCAAGACAGGUGCGACGGUACCGUCGAUCGUGCUAUACAGGACCUUUGACGAGCCAGAAGUCGUCUACCCCGGCAAGGCCGACUCGCUGGACGAGCUGACGUCGUUCCUGAAAGCGCAGAGUGUCCCCAUAAUCGAUGAGGUUGGCCCAGAGAACUUUAUGACCUACGCCGAGGCUGGCCUGCCCCUCGCCUACUACUUCACCAAACCCGACUACGCAGGCAAGGACAAGGACCUGGAGGCGCUCAAGCCGCUGGCCAAGGAGCUUAAGGGUAAGGUCAACUUCGUUUGGAUCGAUGCCGAGAAGUUUGUCAACCACGCCAAGACUCUCAACAUCCAGUCUGAAGACUGGCCCGCGUUCGCGAUCCAGGACAUACAUGCGCAGACCAAGUACCCACUCGCCAAGACGGGCAAAGACCUGAUCAAGGCGGUCCCCGACUUUGUCAAAGACUUCACUGCCGGCAAGUUGACGCCAUCGAUCAAGUCGGACCCGACGCCCAAGACGCAGGACGGGCCAGUGCACGUACUUGUCGCGGACGAAUUUGACAAGGUUGUCUUCGACGACAAGAAGGACGUCCUCGUCGAGUUCUAUGCGCCAUGGUGCGGGCACUGCAAGAAGCUCGCGCCGACGUAUGACACACUCGGCGAAAAGUACAAGGCGCACAAGGACAAGAUUGUCAUCGCCAAGAUGGACGCCACAACCAACGACAUCCCGCCAUCGGCCGGAUUCCAGGUCGGCAGCUUCCCGACGAUCAAGUUCAAGCCCGCCGGCGGCAAGGAAUGGAUCGACUUUAACGGCGAACGCACGCUCGAUGGCUUCGUCGAGUUCAUCGGCCUUAACGCCAAGAAUACUAUAGACGUCAAGCUUGACAGCGCCAACACCACUGGCGCUGACGAGGCCGCCGCUGCAGCGGAUCCCAAGCCAGCCCAUGCGCACGAUGAGCUUUGAACGCGCGCACCUCUGUGUCGUUCAUUCUCCCCUUCGACGCCUUCGUCGUCACAAACUAGAGCAGGCUGUUUCCCGGCUUCGUCGGACAGCAACGGUAGUGCACAACCCUUUUCUUCCAUUAUCAAACUCUUUCUUCAUAUUUUCUCUCU